AGAUCUGGGUUUCAUCACAUAAAUUAACGAUCUGCAGUUAGUGAUGAUAAGAAAAUGAAGAUCGACCACACGCUUGGGACUGUCAAGUCCAAUGGCAUCCAGAAAGUUCUUGCUCUUCGUGGAGAUCCAAGGGUUUGCGUCUGUCUGGUUCGCCUCAAUCGACGCUUUGUGCGGUGGGGAGUGGUUGUGGGUACAGGCAGUGGUCUAUCCGUGGCCAUGGCUAUGGUUCUGGACUCUGAAACCGACCUGUCGUUUCCUUACUGGACCUCCGUUCGCCAACGUUUUGGUCCCAACUCUUCUUUCUUUGCUAUCGACAACCUUGAGAGAGAACUUCUCACCAAAUAGGUUGUCUCAUGAAAUUAGAUGAUUUUCUCAAACCCAGACCUGGGUUUUUUUCUCAAACCCAGAUCUGGCGAUGAAGAAGAAGACACAAGCUCCAGUACAAGAUUUAAAGUUUGCAGAGGAGAAUCUGAGCAAGGUAGAGAUCAUUUUUUUUUUUCUAAUUUGGAUGGAAAAAUCUUUAAUUAUGGAAUUGAUAAACAAGAAGUUACAAAAUCUAAGGAAGGAAAAUUGAAGUUUUCAAUAUAAAAAUUUAGGGUUUUU